AUGACUUGCCUUUUUUCUUUUUCCUUUUACCUUCCUUCACCACUUUUACCUUCUUCCUCACCUUCUCACCCUUUUUUACUUUUAUUGAUUACUUUUACCUUCUUCUUCGACUUUUUUUAUUCUUCCUUCUUCAUUACUUCUUCUUCGACUUUUACCUUUUUCCUUCUUCUUUUUCUCCUCUUUUUCUCUUUUUCCUUCACCUCUUUUCCCCUUGCCUUCUUUUUCCUUUCUUCUUUUCCUUUUUCUUUUCCCUUUAAUUCUUUUUUCUUCUUUCCUUCUUCUUUUUCCCUUUACCUCUUUUCCUUUCCUCUUUUCCUUCUUUCUUUUACCUCUUUUCCCUUUACUUCUUUUUUCCUUCUUUUUCUCUUUCUUCUUUUUCUCUUCUUUUUUCUUUUCCUUCUUCUUUUACCUCUUUUCUUCUUUUACAUUUUUUCCUUACUUCUUUUCAUUCUUAACCUCUUUCUUUUUUCCUCUUUUCCCUUCUUUUUCUUUUCCCUUCUUUUUCCUUCAUUCUUUUCCGUUUCUUCUUUUCUCUUUACCUUUUCCUUUUACCUCUUUUCCUUCUUCUUCUUUUCAUUCUUUACUUCUUUUUUCUUUUACCUUCUUCUUCUUCUUUUUUCUCUUUUCCUUCUUUCUUUUGCCUUCUUUUCUUUUACCUUUUCCUUCUUCUUUUUCUUUUCUUCUUCUUCGAUUCUUUUCCCUUUUCCUUUCUUUUUCCCUUUUCUUUUUCUAUUUUUUUGCCUUUUUCUUUUCCUUCUUUUCCUUCUUCUCUUUUCCUUUAUUCUUUCAAAUCAUUUUUGCCUCUUUUCCUUCUUUUACCUUCUCCUUUUUCAUUCUUUUUUUUUUCUUCGACUUCUUUUAACUUUUCCCCUUCUUUUUCCUUUUCCUCCUUCUUUUCCUUUUCCUUUCAUUCUUUUACCUUCUUUUUUGCCCUUUUCUUUUUUCCUUCUUCUUUUCCCUUUUCCUUUUUCCUUCCUCUUUUCCUUUUCAUUCUUUUCUUUUUUUCUUUUCCCUUCUUUUUCCUUUUCUUUUCUUGAUUUCUUUUCCUUCUUUUCUUUACCUUUUUUCCUUCUUCCUUCUUCUUCACUUUUUUUUCCUUUCAUUCUUUUUUCCCCUUUUCCUUCUUCUUUUUUACUUUACCUUUUCUUCUCCUUUUUUUUCCCUUCUUCUUUUCUCUUUUCCUUCUUUUCCCCCUUCUUCUUUCUUUUUAUCUUUCCUUCUUCUUUUCCUUUCUUCUUUUCCUUUUCCUUCUUUUUCCUUUAUUCUUUUUUUUUCUUCUUUUUUUUCCUUCUUCCUUUUCCUUCUUCUUUUCCUUCUCCUUCUUUUCUUUUUCUUCUUUUUCUUUUUUUUCCUUUUUUCUUUCCUUCUUCUUUUUCCUUCCCUUCUUUUCCUCUUUUCCUUCUUCAUUUUUUUCUUUUUCUUUUUAUUCUUCUUUUUCCUUUUUCUUUUUCUUUCUUUUUCCUUCUUUUUAUUCCUCUUUUCCUUCAUUCUUUUUCCUUUUCUCUUUGCCUUCUUUUUUUCCUUCUUCUUUUUUUCUUUUUCCUUCUUUUUCCUUUCCUCUUUUCCUUCAUUCUUCUUUUUACUUUUAUUUGCCUUCUUCUUUCCUUCUUCUUUUCCUUCUUUUCUCUUUUCCUUCAUUCUUUUACAGUUUUUUUCCUUCUUCUUUCCUUCUUCUUUCCUUCUUCUUUUUUCCCUUCGACUUCUUUUUUUACAUUCAUUUUUUUUCUUUUUCCUUCUUCUUUUCCUUCUUCUUUCCCCCUCCUCUUUUCCUUCAUUCUUUUACAUUUUAUUCUUCUUUUUUUCCUUCUUCUUUCCUUCUUCUCUUUUCCUUUUCCUGAGGACAUUUCAUUUUACCUUCUUUUCCCUUCUUUUCUUUCCUUCUUCUUUCUUCUUUUCCUUCUUUUCAUUUCAUUCUUUCUUCCUUCUUUUCCCCCUCUUUUUCCUUCUCCUUUUCCUUCUUUCUUUUCCCUUCUUUUUCCUUCAUUCUUUUUCAUUUUUUACUUCUUUUUUCCUUCUUCUUUCCUUCUCCUUUUCCCCCUCCCUUUCCUUCAUUCUUUUACAUUUAUUGCCUUCUUCUUUCCUUUUUUCCUUCUUUCUCUUUUCCUUCUUCUUCAUUUAUUACCUUUUUCUUUCCUUCUUUUUCCUUCUCCUUUGAUUCUUCUUUUCCUUCAUUUCUUUUACUUUUUUCUUUACCUUCUUCUUUCCUUCUUCUUUCUUCUUCUUUUCUUUUUCUUUUUGAUUCCUUCUUUUCUUUUCUUUUUUUUUCUUCUUUUCCUUCUACCCUUUUUUUCUUCUUUCCUUCUUUUCCUUUUCUCUUUUCUUUUUUACCUUUCUUUUCCUUUUCCUUCUUUUUCUUUUUUCUUCUUUUCCUUCUUCUCUUUUCCUUUUUCCUUUUUCUUUCCUUCUUUCUUUUAUUUCUUCUUUUUCCUCUUUUCCCUUCUUUCUUUUCCUUCAUUCUUUUUUCUUUUCCUUUUCUUUCUUCUUCUUUUCCCUUUCUUCUUUUCCUUCUUUUCUUUUCCUUUCCUUCUUUUUCCUUCUUCUUUUCCCUUUUCCUUCUUCUCCUUUUCCUUUUUCUUUUACUUUUUUUCCUUCUUCUUUUCCUUCUUCUUUUCCCCUUUUCCUUCUUGA